AGUUGUGCAGAGAGUUGCGAGAGUGGCACAGGCUGAUCAAACAUGAAGGUGGCGUUCUUGUGUUUGUCGUUGGUGACGCUGUGGGCGAUGUCUGUGAGUGAAGACGCUGCCAAGGCGACUGUGGUCGAGCCCCAGCAGAUCGGCGCCAUUGUAGCCUAUGACGUUCCCAGUAACCAAGUUAUCUAUCGCCCACCUACUACAUUCUACAAACCAGGGAUCUCCGACCUGAAGAGCGUCGGUGGGGUGAAAGGUCUACUGAGUCUCGGCCUCCACACGGGUCAAUAUAGACCCCCUGGCACCGGGCACCGUUACAGAGAGUACCUUCCUGCAACGCACGGUCGGAACCAAUAUGGUCAAGAUCUGGCCAAUCAGAAUCCUUAUGACCAGAAUCAAUUUGAUCAGCGACCUUACUUCUCGCGCGGCCCAAUACCCUACAGCUCCGGGCAGAGGUACCACAGAGCCAUGGGGAACUCCUUCAGCAGGAACCCGACUUCUGUGGGAGGUACCCUUUUUCCUCAACGUCCUCUGAACAACUACAACCCCAGCUACGUUCUCUACAAGCCAGGCGUGAAGGAUCUGAAGAGAUAUGGAGGCAUCGAAGGCCUUCUUCGUCUCGGGCUACCCUCUAUCUUGCGCAAUCACUGAAAUUGUUCAAAUACAGUGCAUCUAAUAUAAAGCAGGCGCAACUAACUCGAAAAAAUCGAACGAUUUUUUUGUCUGUCAUGUGGAAAAGCUAUUGAGGCGUUUGUGUAACUACAUUGAGCAUGUUUGGUCAAUAAAUUAUAAGCAUUCAA